UAGGGGAGGGGGCCGCAGAACCUCGGCUGCCAACAAGGAGGCCCAGAAGGGGGACUGGCUAGCCGAGGAAAGACGGGACCGGGAAGUGGAGGCGAAACUCUGAGAGGAAGGGAUGGAGGGAGAGCUGACAGCGCGUGGGUUUCCGCUUCCCUCCUGGGCGCGGGGUGAGAGGCUGGGAGGCUGAGCCUCGCCUGCGCCGCUGCCAUGUGGCCCCCCGACCCAGAGUCGGAGCCGGACCCGGAGCCGGAGGGCGGCUCCCGGCGUGGCGCUGCGGUGUCCGGGCUCCGCGCCCUGCUGCCGGCACGCGCCUUCCUCUGCUCGCUCAAAGGCCGCCUCCUGCUGGCCGAGUCGGGUCUCUCGUUCAUCACCUUCAUCUGCUAUGUGGUAUCCUCUGCAUCUGCCUUCCUCACAGUACCUCUGCUGGAGUUCCUGUUGGCUGUCUACUUCCUCUUCGCUGAUGCCAUGCAGCUGAAUGACAAGUGGCAGGGCUUGUGCUGGCCCAUGAUGGACUUUCUGCGCUGUGUCACUGCUGCCCUCAUCUACUUCGUCAUCUCCAUCACUGCUGUCGCCAAAUACUCAGAUGGGGCUUACAAAGCAGCUGGGGUUUUUGGCUUCUUUGCCACCAUCGUGUUUGCAAUUGACUUCUACCUGAUCUUUAAUGAAGUGGCCAAAUUCCUGAAGCAAGGUGAUUCUGCAAACGAGACCACAGUCCACAGGACAGAAGAACAGAAUUCCAACUCUGACUCCGACUCUGACUGAGGCCUGUAUGUACCUGAAGACCCGAGCCACGCAGCCUUUCACCUGUACCUUCCUGACAGGGCUGCAGAAGCAUGGCAGGGGAUAUGCACAGGAGAGGAGGCUGAGGAGCCUCGGUCUCCUGCAACCUCAAGAUUAUGCUCCUGAGCCUCACAUUCAAAACUGUCCCUGUUGGUUUAGCACUGCUGAACCAACACAUCUGGAAUAUUCUACCUUCUCCAUUUUCUAUCCUAUAGAUCUUGAGCUCUUUAACCUCACUGCCCCAAACAAGCAAACACAUCACAUGGAGCCGAAUCACUGUUCAGGUGGCCGCAUGGGGCUGGGGUGAGUCUGUUUCACUAACAGAAACCAUGGCAGGACAGACCCUCACGGCUCCAGUGGUCCCUGCGUGGAGUGCUCCAUUCACAUCUGCACUUUGUUGAGGAGAUACUUUCAGGAAUCUUUGUCAAAGUUCCCUCCUCACUGAGAAACAGGGACAAAUCUAACCUAAGCAAGUUUUCUGUUCUGGGUCCGAGACCCCUUCAGAAAAGAGCCUAUAGGCUUGUUACCAGGGCCAGCACACAGAGGAAGCCGACCACUGCAGAAGUGGCAGUAACCAAGUCACCGGUGGCUGGGCAGGCCUGGCCAAACCCUCUCUUCCUGGGGUCCAGAGUUCUGGGAACACUAAGGACACCCAGGUAGGUCUACUGAGCCCCUCAUGAAAGAUGAGAUGGGCCUGUGCUCACUUUGGGAUUUAGAUUGUGUAUAUAUCUUUGGUGGGGUUUUCUAGCUUUUUAUAAUUUUUUUAUACAAAAGCAACAAAACAAAUGGCGUUUUCUGUGACUGAAGAGGCCCCAUGAAUGAGCCAGAUUCUGGGUCCAUGUUUUGGGCAUUUGUAACCUUAUAUCCUGCAUGUGAAUCAAAAACCAUAUAAUGGAUUAAAACAAACUGCUUAGA